UCCAAUUCCAGGCUUUAGUCGUUCACUUCCGUGUUAAAAUACUAGAAUCAUCUCAUCAAAGAAUUUGUGAAGUCAUUGUGGAUUGUUUUCAAAAUUUUGCAAGUAUAAUUUUAAUUUCUCAUUUCCAGGGCAUAGAAAAUCCACAUUUUUUUGCAAAAUGUCUAUUAUGUCAUAUAAUGGGGGUGCUGUCAUGGCGAUGCGGGGCAAAGAUUGUGUGGCCAUUGCCGCUGACCGACGCUUUGGGGUUCAAGCCCAGCUGGUCACCACAGACUUUCAGAAGAUAUUUCCUAUGGGUGAUAGGCUAUACAUUGGCCUAGCAGGAUUGGCCACUGAUGUGCAAACUGUGUCCCAGCGCCUUAAGUUUCGCCUAAACUUGUAUGAGCUGAAGGAAGGCCGUCACAUCAAGCCCAGAACCUUCAUGAGCAUGGUAUCCAAUUUACUCUAUGAAAGGAGAUUUGGCCCAUACUAUGUAGAGCCUGUAAUUGCUGGUUUGGAUCCCAAGACCUUUGAGCCAUUCAUCUGUUCCCUGGACCUGAUUGGCUGUCCCAUGGUAACAGAAGAUUUUGUAGUUAGCGGAACCUGCUCUGAGCAGAUGUACGGCAUGUGCGAAUCUCUGUGGGAGCCAGACAUGGGGGCGGAAGACUUGUUUGAGACCAUUUCACAAGCCAUGCUGAAUGCUGUAGACAGAGAUGCAGUUUCUGGUAUGGGGGUUGUUGUGCAUGUCAUCGAGAAAGACAAAAUCACAACUCGGACUCUGAAGGCCAGAAUGGAUUAGAGCACAUGUUGUUCUAUUCAUUUGUUCUCCACAUUUUUUAUAUAUUUAGAAAACUAUUCUCGUGUUCUUACAUGUUAUGGGAAAAGGUAAAAUAAACACUUGUAAAUUUA